AUGAGCGUUCCCUACAUACCCGAGUACUCCUCGGAGCUGCGGACCUUUGUGCAGGAGGCAUACGAGCAGCAGGUACAGGAACUAUAUCCGCGGCUACGUUUCGAGAAGCUGGUGGAUCUGUUGGAACGGGCGGCAAACCUUUUCGAAUCAUACCAAGACCUGGUCCGCGAGGGCCAGACGCGCGAGGGGCUGAUGGCGUAUGUGAUCGGAGCGUUUUACCUGUAUCUGAUAAUCCCGCAGUCAAUUGAAUUCCACACCAGAAACCUGUCAUAUUCGCUGUAUACAGACCUGCGGAAGCACUAUGAGCGGGAACCCAACAUGACAAACGUGGUGCAGAUGGUCACAGAGAAGGUGGAUGCAGUGCUACUGAGACAAACGCCAGAAGACGGAGAGCGUGGAGAUACAAAACUGUACCGCAAGCGUGCGUACUCGGUGCCUGAGAAGGGCGUCGCCCGCUCAAGCGACUCGCUGCAGCAUCUCACGGUUGAUGGCAAGCGACGGGGAGGCCACCAUGCAAUUGGAGGCGCAAUACCGGAGGUGGCGGUUCAAGCAGACACUCUCUGGAGCGCUCCCAAACUUGAGGAGAACGAUUUAUUGCGGACGGUGGUAUCAGUUUCCCGGUCUCCAUCUGUGUCCCUGAGCCGCCCAUCUUCCCGUGGCGGCGACUUCGUCGAAAAUGCCCUGGAUGGCAACUCUACCAAGAAUGGUGGCAGGAACACCUCGAAACGGGAGGGCAGAAGGAAUAGCCGCCGAAGUGACAGGAGUGGGCGACGCAAUGACGGCGCUAAACAGCGCAAUGGACGCAGCCCUAACCGGAGCCGAAGCAGGGGCAGAAGUCGGAGCAGAGUGCGCAAUAGGAGUCGGAGUCAAACUCGUAUUGGUGGUCCGACCUCUGAUAUGGCAGAUGCUAAGGAACGCGGAAGAACAAGAAGCCGCAGUUGGAGCAGAAGUGGUAGUCGAAGCCCUAGCUACAGUAUCCGUAGUACGGGCGGUAGCCGGAGCCCUAGCAGAAGCCCCAGUAGGAGUGCAAGCAGAAGCCCAAUUAGAGGUAGAAGCAGAAGCCGCAGCGGGAGCAGGACUCCAGAACUCGGCUCAGCGACUGCUUCAGUACACAGCUGGUCCUAUUUGCAGACUACGGGCCAGCAGUCCAGAUGGAGCGUGCUUCCAAAUGACUUGCCGAAUGCUGGUCAGAAUAAAUACAACCAAGAAUCAGCUGUUAGCUUCGAACAACAGGAGCUUGACCGUCCCCACAAUUCGCGUGUUGAACCUUACAACCCAUUUGCCAACGGCAACGCUGCUGGCUUAGAGUCGUGUAACCCUCUCACUCGCCUGUACGAGACGUCAUCCAUCAAAUGCUCGGACCUAAUGAUAAUCUUGGAGUCGGACAUACAAGAUCGUGUCCUAUUCAUUGAUCUAAGGCCUCCCAAGAGAUAUGAGCUCAAUCAUAUUGUUGCCAGACAUUUAAUCAAUAUAGAUCCACUUUUACUGUGGGAUACUGAACGAAGUGCUCCAAUAACAUCGGUAAACGAGUUCGAGCGUCGUCUUGACAAUCCUCUUUUCACGACUCGGGGGCAGUUUAGUUACUUGGUCUGCUACACUGAUAACCAUACUUCUAUGAAUAUGGAUUUCAAGUUCGAGCUCACCUUUUUUGAAUUGGUGUAUAUGGGCAAGCCGCGGCUUUUGACGAAGUGUUUGCAAGGCGGGUAUGACCAAUGGAGAUUAUAUCUGAAGACUAACACGAAGUCCAUACACGCUAAAAUUAGUGAUUUCAUGUGGCGGGCUAACUUUUUAGGUCGCGAUACCUCUGUUUCCGACCAUAACCCCUUUAGGGCUACCCCGCCAGUACCCACUGCAAGGCCACCGGUUCCUCCUUUACCUACUGCCCCACCUCCAGUGGCACCAUAUAUUUCGAGCCCACGACCAGUACCCUUCAUACCCUUGCAACAGCCAUCAUUGUCAUUGUUACACACAUCUGCUAAUAUUGUAAAACCAGGGAAAGCAGAACUACGCAAUGAGUUAUCUCGCAUCACUGGUCAGAUCGAUCACACUCAGUACAACCAACCUGAAAAGUAUCGCUAUUUGCCGGAUAGUCGGGAAUCACCGUAUCCAAUAGAGUAUGAGGACCCAAAACACACAGAAAGGAGCAGGGGUUGGCUCUCAGCUGGUUCAUCCGAGGCCCACUUUAGUGUACCAACAAUAGAAAAAAAUCCGAAUGAAUACAUUGCAUUAUCGAUUACUGGCUUACGGAAUAUGUCCAAUACAUGUUAUAUCAAUAGUAUGCUUCAAUGUUUGUUCUCCACUACCGAGUUUAGAAAUCUUUUCCUUUCCAACAAGUACUCUCGCUAUCUGAAGUCAUCCAACAUGGAUAAUAUGUCUCGCUCAUUUUACAUGCUGUUCAAGAAAAUGUAUAUGAAUGGUGGCUGCUCUGUUGUUCCCAGUGGAUUUUUAAAGAUGUGCAGUUAUUUGAAACCGGAUUUGCGGAUUCCCCAUGGACAGCAGGAUACCCAAGAAUUUCUGCUAUUUCUUCUUGAUAGGUUACGCGACGAACUAUCCUACUUAGCUGCUGUGGUUAACGAUUAUCCGCAAUUGCUCCUACAUGAGAGUUCCGUCUUGAAAGUGAACGAUAAGGAAUACACAACUUGGUUUGACCAGAAUUUUGAGAAAAAUGGCCUGUCGCCCAUAGAUUCUAUCUUUCAGGGCCAGAUAGAGCACCAAUUAUCUUGCCAGAGAUGUGAUUUUUCUUCUUACAGCUAUUCGACCUUCUAUGUUUUGUCCUUGGCGCUACCCAACCCCGGCUCGAAAGCGUUUGGAAAGGCCAAAAAGUUACGCUUAGAAGAUUGCAUUAAUUUUUUUACAUGCGAUGAAGUACUUACUGGUCAGAAUGCCUGGGAUUGCCCAAAAUGCGGUGUCAAUUCUUCGGGUGACCGUCAGAUGAAUUCUGAGAAGAGCAAGAGGAAAAAUAAAUUCUUCAUGGGAUCGGAAAAUGCAAACUCCGCUAACAGCAAUCGGGACCAUCUGCCUCGAUUAUUCAAAAUUGGCUCGAAGUCACGCUCUAGAUCAAGCUCACCGUUUAUAUCUGGUCCCAAAUCCUCAGGUAAAACACAUGAGAAGAGAUAUAAUAAGAAACUCGCAACUAUUAAAUCAUUAAAUUUUAUCACUUUGCCUCGAAUCCUUAUAAUCCAUCUAUCGCGUUUUGUUUAUGACUUGACCAAGAAGAACAAUACAGUGGUCACAUAUCCGUUGAUUCUUAACAUUGUAUUGAAGAAUAAUGAGGUCGCCAAGUAUAGACUUUACAGUACUAUAAAUCAUUUUGGGACGCUAAUAAGUGGUCAUUACACUUCUUUAGUGAACAAAGAUUUGCAACAUGAGAUUAGGGAAGGUAAGCAAAAAUGGUACUAUUUUGAUGACGAGAUUGUAAAGCUAGAUCCCAAUCAUGGCAAUUACGAUCGUGGUAUAACAUCAGUCUCAAGCAGCGAUGUAUACUUGCUGUUUUAUGAACGUAUUUCAUAG